AUGGGUGACGACCACCUCAACAUCAAGCUGGAGACCGUGUCGCCCCCGCCCGGCGCUCCCGACGCCCUGCGGCGGCUGCUGCUGGCCCAGCGCAAGCGCAAGAAGAAGGUCGAGAUCGCGUGUGUCUACUGCCGCCGCUCCCACAUGAUUUGCGACGAUCUGAGGCCGUGCCAGCGGUGUAUCAAGCGGGGCAUUGGCCAUCUUUGCUAUGACGAGCCGCUGAACCAGCGCCAGCGGAAGAAGGCGGCGGCGUUGCGGCUGGACCCGCCGCUGGCGCUGGGCACUGCCACCCCCCCACAGGCGCCCUUAGUGCCGCCGCUGACGCUGCUGGUGCCGGCACUGGCAGCCGCUACCGCCGUGGCGAUGGCCCCCGCCGCCAGCGCGUCGGCGGCGCCGCUGAUGGCGAGCUUGGGCGCCGGCAACCACCUGGCGCUUCUAGCUCUGGCACGCACCACCGAGCUGCCAGGCGCCUAUGCCCCUAAACGCGCCAACCUGGUGCUUCUGCAGACGUUGCCGUAUAACCAGGAGCCGUUCUUUUACUCGGAGCACGCGGGGUCUGAGUUCUCGUCGCUUAACGACUUUUUGUCGAUGAUUGACGACCCCGAUUUGGUCAAUGGCGCUUUAGGCGACGACGGCAAUGUGAUGAGCAGCCUCUUUGGCGCUGGUUCUGGCCAAUUUGACGUGGGUACGCCUCAGCCUGGUGGCGGCAACAACAACAAUAAUAACGGCGCCGAACAGGCGGCGGCGGCGGCGAUGGCGCUGAUGGCGCCGCCACUGAUGUAUGGCUCCAAUUUGACGCCACGCCUUAGUGCGCCCAGCAGUACCCGCAUCGCGCCGCUGGCGUUCUUUGACGAUAAUACGUCCCACGGAAAUAAUGGCACUAACGGCAAUUCCGCUGGCAAUGGCGGCACUGGCGGCGACGGCGGUCUCCCCAACGACCUCGAGGUGCUGCUAAAGCCCGAGGCGCUGUCGACCUCGAUAAACCAGAUGGCACCGGGCCACCAGCCGGUGAUCUCCGACCUGGCCCGCGACAAGUUCUUCCUCACCGCCGCCGACCCCACCACCGAGAUCUCCCCCGAGGAACGGCUUAAACAGGUCAUCAAAGCGAAAUUAGAGGCCGGGUUGUUACAGCCAUACAACUACGCCAAAGGGUACGCCCGCUUACAGGCGUACAUGGACAACUACAUGAACGUGCUGCUGCGCCAGCGCAUUUUGAAGCCGUUGCUGAUCUUUAGACCGGCGUUCCGGGCGAUUGCGCGGACAUUAAAGGACGUCGACCUCGUGCUUGUCGAGGAGAGCUUUGAGCGGAUGUUGCUUGACUACGACCGUGUAUUCACGUCGAUGGCGAUCCCCGCGUGUCUCUGGCGGCGUACCGGCGAGAUCUACCGCGGUAAUAAGGAAUUUGCCCUGUUAGUCGGGGUGAAAGCCGACGAUUUGAAGGACGGCAAGUUGGCGAUCUACGAGUUGAUGUCGGAGGAGUCCGCCGUCAACUUCUGGGAGAAGUACGGCGCCAUCGCCUUCGAUAAAGGCCAAAAGGCGGUGUUGACGCUGUGCAACUUGCGGACGAAAGAUGGUAUCAAGCGGAAGCUGUGCUGUUUCUCGUUUACUAUUCGCCGCGACCGGUACAACAUCCCCAGUUGCAUCGUCGGCAACUUCAUCCCCAUCGACCCUUAG